AUGAUGAUGAAUGAAACAACAACCAAUUCUAAUGGCAGUGGCAGUGGCACUACUACUACUACUGCUGCUCCACAACCAAUUCAAUCAAUCGUAGGCAAAGAAGAUACAAAGCUUGAAGAGUUGCUCAAGAUAUGCAGUCGAGUACAGGUGUUUAAUGUUCAGGGUGAACCUUUGUUUAGACACCCUCCAGUAGGUACAUUUUCAAAGGACGAGUUCAAUGAAUGCUUGUCACUCUUUGAUAACUCGAGCAAGGCAAUCUCUCAAGGUAUAACAAUUGAAGGUUCUACAUUUGAACUGUACAGAGCUUUCAAUGAUUUGGUUGUUGGAAGAAGAGGUGAUGAAACCACUGGAGAAGGAAUAUCUUUUAUGAAGGAAAUAUUUAUGUUGGCUACCUAUCAACUACCAAUAUUAUCAGCCAGAGUAAUGCCGUUAAUGAAAGAUUAUUUAUCCACUUAUCAAUAA